AUUGUUGAUGUGUCACUUGAAUGUGAAAUGUCAACUUUGGUAUAUAUUUUUUUUUCUCAUGUAAACACAGAUUUUGACCGAAUUUUGCCAGUUUUGAUGAAAGUUUCGACGGAAAAUUGUGAAAUUAGUGUAAAAUUGGUGUAAAAUAUGGCAAAGAAACGUGAUUUAUUCAAAUUACCAGCAGGACCGGCGGAAAUUUGUUUCGAUAAGAAUGAAUUUAUGAAGAAAAUAUUUUCGGUGGACGAAUUUCUGCAGGAACAUCGAAAUGCAGCCACAUUGGAAACGAUGCGAGACGAUUUGGGCCUCUAUCUCAAAGUGUUACGAUCGGCAAUGAUUGAGUUGAUCAACGAAGACUAUGCGGAUUUUGUGAAUUUAUCGUCGAAUCUAGUGGGAUUGGAUCAAUCGAUUCAGGGAAUACAAACACCGUUGAAUACACUGAAAGAUGAAAUUGUUUCGGUGCGAACAACGCUUGAGAAUACAAUGCAGGAGGUGAACGAGUGUCUCGAGCAAAAACGACAAUUGCGCGAACAAUUGAAGAGUGUUCAAAGUCUAACCAGCGCCAGAAAGUCAAUGGGCAAACUGGAGAAGCUUCUUGCCGACAAAUUGAAUGAUGACAGCAAUUUGAAUCCGAUGUUACUAGAGCGAGCAGCAAUGGAGUUGGUCAAACUGAAAUACAAUUUGCAAUUUUGCCAUCAGCAUUUAAAUCGAUUGGAGGAACCGAAUGGUCUGGACAAGUUCGACGAAGUGCACGAUAAACUCUUGGCCAAAGUUGAAACACAUUUUCUCAAAGUGUUGGAUGACAAGAAAAUCGAUCAGCUUGAGCGAUGUCUUCGAGUUUAUUGUACACUAGGUGAAUAUCGUGCCGCCGAGGAAAUAUUCCGGAAAAAGGUCGUCGGCCAACAUAUGCAUCCAAUCAUAUCGGAAGUGUCAUUGCAAAACGCCCCACAAGGACUGAAUGGCAUUUACAAUCAAAUCAUUCAAUUCCUAAAUGAUCGAAUGCGGCAAUUGUUGUUGCUCACACAACCAAAUGACAGCGCACCAGCAACGGUGCAAGGCUUUGAUUUUAUAAUCAACAGUUUUUGGGUGGAAGUUGAGCAUCGCAUUGAAACACACAUGACAUCGAUUUUUGCACCUGGUAACCCAGAUUCGUUCUAUCAAAAAUAUGAGCAUACCAUCGCAUUUCUGGAAAAGAUCGAGGGCGUUAUCAAGAGUCGCAAGCAAAUCGACCGAUUCUGUGAUCAUGUGCAAUAUAAACAAUUUCAAAGCAAAUGGAAUUUACCCGUUUACUUUCAAAUUCGUUUUCAAGAAAUUGGAGGUGCCUUGGAGUCAGCAUGUAGUGAGUUAAUCAAUGAACACACCGUUGUUACAUCAGAGAGUGGUUUGAGUUUGAAACCAUUUGUCAAAGGUGAUGCGUGCAUUAAAAAAUGCUGGACAACUGGUGUCUAUUUGCCGCAGCUGUUUGCACGAUUCUUCAAAUUCACGCUGCAAAUUUUGUCGCGGCUCAGUAAAUGGUCGGAAGAAGCGACGGCCACAAAGAACUUACCAUCGAAUUUGGAUCGUGUGGAUUUCAUGACGAUGAUUUAUUUAGAUGUAAACACUUUGAUAGGGAAAAUAUCGAGCAUAUUUGAUUGUAUCGUAGAGAAAAUUCCGGCUAAUAUGAACACGCACCUGAGCCUCGUCGAAAAAUGCUUUGAUGAAUCGCGUAAAAUGUUGACGGAGCGCUUGAAACUGAUCGAGCAACAAUGGAGCAAUGAGAUCAUUGCCAAAACGGCUGGAUGGACGAAACAAGUUGGUGACAUUCCAAGGCUCUACCGUAAAACCAAUCGAGAAGCACCAACUAAACCGUGCAAUUAUGUUGAACAAAUUCUUAAGCCAGCCAAAUCAUUCUACACGAAAAAUUCCAAUCGAAUCGCCACAGACAUCAUAAAGCAGUGCAUGGUUUUGUCAUUUUCACAUUUAAAUCGACAGUAUUUCUCAGCCGUGAGCGAUGUGCUGACAUCAGUACAAAAGACAGAAGAAUCGUUGCGUAGACUUAAGAAUCUGCGUGAAAAAUCGGGAUCAGCACAACAUGGCAGUGCUUCAGCCUCGGGAAUGUCAGAUGAUGACAAAAUUCGUUUGCAAUUGCAUGUCGAUAUCUGUGCCUGGUGUGAUGAAAUCGAAAAAUUAGGAGUCGACCGAAAAUCGGUGGAUAAACUCUCGGAAUUAAUCCAACUGGUAGAAGAAUCAACAAAAAUAAAAGUUACAGAUAAAUAAUUUUUCGUCAUUUAAAUUAAUCCAAUAAAAAUGUGUAUUUUUUUUCUUUGUUAUGAAUUCGAUGUUUCCUAUUAAUUUAAAUGAUACAAUAAAAACUACAAGCAACCUA